UAGCACACAGUAGCUACAUAGAGAGGACGGCAUUUUUACUUCCUGGUUGGAGAGAUGUAAGAAAAUGUCGAAGUGUUGGUCGUUUCUGUUUCUCACUGCUUCAUGGUUUUGUUUUGAGACAGACUCGGUGGCAGGAGCCUGCACCCAAGGAAAGUAUGGAUUGGACUGUAGCUACACGUGUCACUGUGAUGUAUCCAGAUGCCAUAACGUCAUAGGCUGUUCCGGCAACUGUAACAAAGGAUGGUCUGGAACAAAGUGCACAAUAGCAAAUAUAGCUUUCAACAAACGUACAAGUCAGAGUUCCUACCUUAGAAGCUGGUGGAAAAAUUCCUCGCUUGCUAUCGGCCUUGGCUUGUUCUACCAUCUGUUGUGUUGGGGAAACCAUGGCAACUUUGGGUGUCGGGGGCUUGUUCUGUUCCUAUUUUUCGUUUUCCCACGUGGGAUCGUAGAGUUCUAG